CGUUCCGCAAUAAUCAUUUUUGCUUUCACAACACGCUGAACAGCAUUCUUCAGGUCAUUACAGAUUCGUUGCAAUGAUUUUAGGAGUUGCCUUGAUUGCUUGCCUUUUUGGCGCAUCUACAACGGAUGCAGUCAAAUUAGGAAUGUACAAUGUGGAUCCGGACAGCAUAACAGUUUCUGGCUUAAGUUCGGGGGGUGCGAUGGCUAUGCAAUAUCACGUGGCCUUCUCAAGCGAGGUUAAAGGAAGUGGGGUCAUCGCUGGAAUUCCGUACGGGUGUGCAAGGGCUGGUCUUACAGGCGCUAAUCUUUGCAUGUAUAGCCCGUCUGGCACAAUCGUCGCAAAUUUGAUCAGGCUCAUCAAUGAUCAGUCAGCUGCAGGGAAUAUCGACAGCCCUACUAACUUGAACGGGCAGAAAGUUUAUGUCUUCCAUGGGACAAGGGACACAACGGUCAAUCCUACCAAUGGUCGACAAGUUGAGCAAAUCUAUGAGCAAUUUGGCGUUCAAGUCACAACCGAAUUUUCAAUAGCUGCUGUACACGGCUUUCCAACUGAUUUCUAUGGGGCGGCCUGCGGGUCUAGCUCUGCUACUACCCAAUACAUCAACAAUUGUAAUUAUCAUGGUGCUUUCCACACUCUGAACGCCAUAUACAAUGGGACUUUAACGAUGCCAACUGGAUCCGAAACCUUGACCCAAUUGCUUCAAUUCGAACAAGGGGAGUUUGGGGGUUCUCAAACAUCAAGCAUGGACAGCACGGGUUUCAUUUAUGUACCUCUUGGAUGUGCAUCAAACACCAAACAAUGCAAAUUCCACAUUUCCCUUCAUGGUUGUUCCCAGCACAGAGGUACAAUUGGAGACAUUUACGCAACAAAGACUGGAUAUUUGCAAGUAGCAGAGAAGAAUGACAUCAUUGUAAUUUUCCCACAAGCAAGUGCCAAUAUAAUGCAAGGAAAUCCGAAUGGAUGUUGGGACUGGUGGGGAUAUCUUAACGGGAACUUCAUAAACAAGAAUGGUGCACAGAUGCGUGCGAUUCAUUCGAUGGUACAAAGAGCGGCUUUCUGUGAUGGGAACGCUGAUUGUUUCAACAAUCCAGAUCCUACGCUUCCAACAACGACGACCACAGAGCCCGGCCCAACGACAACCAGGGAUCCAUCUCAAUGUCAACCUAACGAGGUCACGUUCCGACCUUUCCCGACGGAUUGCACUUUUUAUACCAUGUGCGCUUGCGGAGCAAAUGUCCUUCUUCAGUGUGCUCCUGGCCUUUACUUCGACCCCUCCAUCAAUAACUGCAACUUUAUGCAACUGGUCUCGUGUCAGGAUGGCGUACGACCUUGAGCUUCAACCCUCGGUUUCAAACUAUACUCAUGACUACUCUUUUAUUAACAUUGGCAAAUAAAACUUAUCAAGCAUCAA